AUGCAGGAUAAUACACGAGCUAAUGAUGGAUGGAAACGUCGCAGAACUCGUAUUGCCGAAAGUAAAUCCUGUGAACGCAUUGGAAGAUUACAUCUGGAUUUAUUCCUACAAGAGAAAUAUCUCCCCAAUGGAAUUGGAAUACGUCUCAAGUUGAACAGAGCCUCCACCAAUUUCUGGCUCAUGGGCACAGCCGAAGGAAAUGUUGAUAUCCAGCAGGUCGGAUUCAGCGUGAGGACGGUUGAAUUGCUUCCUGUGGUGGCUAACGAUUUGAAUCAGGUCAUUAGUCAGCAUAACAUGAAGAUCCCGAUACGACGCACUGAAGUGAAAACAUUCACGAUCCCUGAUGGACAGAGAUCUAAAAUUGAUGAUCACUUGUUUCUUGGACAACUUCCAAAACGACUCAUCAUUGGUAUGGUGACAAAUGCAGAUAUGAAUGGAGACCAUGGCACCAAUCCAUUUGAUUUCAGACAUUUCCGUUUGUCUAAACUAGAAGUCAGUAUCGACGGGAAAACCAUUCACAAGAAAGCCUUCCAACCAGAUUUUGAAAUUGGAGAAUGUUUACGAUCCUACAUGUCACUCUACCAGGAAGCAGGAGCUCUUGGACUCAACAGGUCGAUUGGAUUGACUAUAACAGAAUAUAAAAGUGGUUACACUCUCUGGGGAUUUGAUAUGCAGAUCAAGGUCAACUUCACCCUAUAA